CGACACAAACAUUAACUAAUAAAAAACAAAAAAAUGGCGUACUUCGCCCUUCUCUGGAAGGCAAGGACCAUAGAAAAAUACAGGCAGAAGUAUGAAUCCGAGAAGAUCAAGACCAUCAUGCUUGCCAACACUCAAAUACCAAAGCAGUCUUUGUCCCAAAGAUGGAGGCAUUAUCGAUAUGACACUCAGAAGCGCAUAUCCAGGACAUUUAGGAAGUGGUACCCUGAAGGAUCAUCGCUAUCAAACUUUAUUUACUACCUCAAAACCGAUCAGACGUUCCCCAACUUCGUCUUAAAAAGUGUUUUAGGAUUCUUUGGCGGCACGAUCCUUACUUAUUUGUGCUUCAUGUUCUUUGUUUUUCAACUUUCAAUAUCUUUGAUCCAUGCCACUAUUAUGAGUUCAAUCAUCGGUGUUCUACUUACUUUGGGGCUGGCGUUCAGUUAUAGGAUUCGGUGUCUGGUGUUCCUCCUGAUUCCCCAGUUCUUCUCUCGAGUGGGGCGUUAUACCCUGACCUGCUAUGCAUUGGUGCUGAUACUGACUGGCCCUGCUACGAAUACCCUCAAGAACUCUGAAGUCCUUUCGGAGUCUUUGGCUUGUGGACAGGAACAGAUAAAGACAAGUGUAAACCAAAUCAACUCUUUGAGGACUAAACCAUUGAACAGCCUGAAGGAUUCCAUCAAGCUGAUGAUAGACAGGCUGAGGCAGGUCGCCGUCAAGGUCAAGCAGAUGACCCUGAAGAUCAAUAGCCUGGUUCUGAAUAUUGCACAAGUCAUCCAGUCGGGCUUUCUCUGGCUCAACUCCUUGACUUCCACCUGCAUCAAAAAACUGGGCAACCCUUACGAAAACUACAGCAAAUUCGACAAAGAGGCAGUCUUUACUGAAUUGAUGGACUUUUUUGGAGCAAAUGCUUCCGAAUAUGAAGAAACGAAGUUGAAUCAUGGAGUUGUUUGUGUGUUUAUAGAACACGUUAAUGGAGAUAUCGUGCCGAUUAUAAAAAAGAGAUUAAGGAACUACUCCGAUCGCAUCGCAAACAUGUUCUCCAUGAGGGUCCACGUUCACCAUUCCUACUCGUUCAGCAGUAACGACAGCCGUUCAGCCAGCCAGGUGGCUGCCGGCAUCGUCACUGAGAUCAGGAAGCGGGCUGAUCCGCUGAUAACCUGGCUGUCUUGGAGCUCGUGUGUGACGAGCUUGUUCUUACUGCUGAUAAUAUUCAGGGCUAAAUACUACCAGCACAUGUUUGAAACGAGGUCCCGGUUUGACAAUCGGUAUAUCACGAAAGAGAUACGAGAUCUGGAUUUAAAGAGAUUGAGGGAAGGCAGAGAGACGAUCUUACCACUCAAUAGAAGAGAACGAGCAAAAUACGUUACGACCACCUCCUUCAGACUUGUGGCAUCAGAGAAAGUGUACCUGAACCGAUCGGUGGUGUUCAUGUCAAUAACCACAUUCAAGCUGCUCAUCCACAUGGUGGCGGAUUACAGCCUGUACUGGGUGCUGAUGACGAUCAGAUAUCAUGGGCGGAUGCAGUCUCUUAUCCAUCGUAAGUUGAGUUAG